GAGGAACAAAAUUGCCAGCUGAGAAGAUACCACAUCAAAAUUCUUCAUCUUUAAGCCUGCAGAGUAGUAUGAUUUCCCAGAAAAAAAAUACAGUGGCUCAGCGAAUAUCAUCAGCAAAAGUUCACAAAAUUAAAGAGCUGAAGAAUGAAAUAGUUGACUUACAAUGCAAAUUAGAGGCAUCAAGCUUAGAAAACCACAUUUUGAAAGAGAUUCAGUAUCGACACUUGAAAGCAAUAGAUAGAUAUGAAAAUUUAGAAAGUAACUUGCAGGAUCUUUUAGCAAGUCACUAUAAUGAGGUGAGAACUUUAAGGAAAAGCCUGAGGAUGUCUCAGGAGGACGAGAGAAAUUCAUCCAGGAAGCUCAGAGAAGUUGAAGCAGAGCUGCUAAAAGCUAAAGGUGCUUUGCAGACCUUGCGUAUGCUUUCGGAAGACAAAACUCUCACAGAGAGAGAGGAACUUGAUCACAGAUUGUCAGUCCUUACAGAAAAAAUCGAAGUGAAUGAUAAGAGAAUACAGAGCCUGGAAAAGCAGCUGAAGUUGAACAAUAGCAGCUUUAGUCGUCAGCUGGCAAAUGAGAACAGAAAAGCUCUGGAAGCUGGGAUAAUUACAAAGACCUUGCAAAUGGAAAUUAACUCUCUUCACCAGAAAAUUAAGGAAAAAGAUCGGCAACUUUAUGUAAAAAAUAUCUAUGCAAAUCCGAUGCCUAAAAUCCCAAAAGGCAAAAGAGAUUCAGUACCUCAUGGGAAAAGUUUCAGUAUACACAGAUCAGUACAAGUAGAUAAACAGAGUUUUAGACCACUGCUGCUAUCAGAGUACAAAGUUCAGGAAACAGAAACCAGUCCAGUUCAGCUAACAAAGGAGAAAACAUCUUCAGAAGAUAAAAGUCAAAAUGCUGAAGCAAAUGAAGUAUACACAGAUGCCCAAUGUAGAACAGAAAAACAAUCAACCAAGAAAAUACCAGAGCCAGAAACUUUUAAUAGGACACCUAGAGACUAUUUAGGGGAGGGCAGACAACUGAUAGAAGAACACAUUUGUCUGGAAUUUAUGAAAGAAGAAAAAGGGGCAGAUUUGUUUAAACAGGAGCUGAAAGAACUGACGGAAACUGAACAAACUCCUCUAAGUGACAGUAUAAAGGAGAACGAUCAAGAGGAAGAUGCAGCGGAAGAACAUGAGAAAGAAGAAAAAAAGCCAGAUGAAGAGCUAAAUAACACUGAGCAGCCAGGGAGUAAAGGUGUAACUCCAGGUCUAAGAAACAAAACCAUUAGGCUGAGGAAAUACGUAUUCUCAGAAGCCACAGAGAAUUUGCAUCGUGGGCUUUUUACAUCAGGUACAAAAUCAAAACACAGCAGUCUUGGCAAGCACAGGCAGGACCGCAGUGGAGCAGCUGAAUCAAAAGUGAAAAACUCCUUUGGGCUGUACGAACCAUCUCCUGGUCUCGUCACCCAAAGAAGGCAGAAGGACAGUUCCACUGAAGCAGGAGGCCGCACUCGUAUGACAUUUGCUGAAAAGAAGCCAUCUUUAACAAACCAACUCUUUGGACCAGGCUGUUUUUGA